AUGCGCCGUUUGAAAGCAUUCUACAUCAUUUUCGAUAAAUUAACAAUCGAUCAGGCUGAUCGACGACCUGUGGUGAAAGCUAAGCUCGCCGUGGCAUGGCUGCUUAGUUUGGGGAAAAUUCUCUUUGCCACUCCAGCAUAUUCACUACCUCAGUACCCUGCACCCUUGGCCCUGCCGUCUCAGACGUCGGGCGGUAUUGCGACCGGUGAGAGGCGAUCAUAUCUCAGACUGUGUACUUACAACGCGAGAACAGUUUCCACAGACGCUGACCUGCGUGCCCUUCUCGGAGCUGCAGAGCGUAUCAAAUUUCACGUGAUUGCUCCGCGUGAGACCAAGUGCAGAAGGAGCGACGUACGACAGAUGAAUGACGGUACACUCAUCAUUCAUGGAGAGAAGGUUCCGUCGCGAAAUGUAGGCGGUGUUGGUUUUGUUGUGCACCCAUCUGUCGUCCAUCUCGUCGAUUCUCACGAGAUCCUGUCACCUCGUCUGGCCAUUCAAAAAUCAGUCAGUAUCAUCAACUGCUACUCACCAACAUCAACAGCUGAUGAAUCCGAAUUGGACACGUUUUACGAGGAGCUAGAGGAAGUAGCCCGCAACGAGAAGUCUUUAUACAAAUUCGUUGCCGGAGACUAA